AUGGGCCGAAAUGCUGCAAGUGCACGGGCAGCGGUAGAUACGCCUACGCCGCCAACGUACACUUUCUACGGCUCUUUCUCUGUGGCGCGGCGGUCGAUUGCAAAAUGCCGGCGGGGUCGCGCUUUCUUCGCUCGCGACUCCGUGCUGGAGAAAUUAUUGCGACACGCCGCCGCGUACACCGACCCCGCGUUAGAAAGUCGACCGCUCACCGGAUUUAACACUCGGUGCGGCCACGUAACGGUG